CUCACGCUGCGAUCUCGCUGAAGUGUGCGAAUCAGUAGAUUCCCAUUGAUCGUCCAGAAUAGUUUGUGUGUAAAAAAAAAGUUUGUUUCUCCUUUGAAGAUGAUCAGAUUCAGAAUUCACCUUCUGAUUCUUCUACUCAUAAUCUGCUGUUCUCUGGCAUCAUGUGGACCCAUUCCGGGAGAGACACCGUCAGCAGUUCACCGCGUCAGACGCCAGUUUUCGAUGAACUUCGGAGCUACGCACCAGCAGGACGAGGGUACGGACGUCACGGCCGAAGCGAUCGCCCGUUUGUGGCGCAGUAAGAGCGGAAACACCGAAGUGCAGGGAUCGGCCAGCUACAAUCAGCAUUUCGGUGGAUUUCAAGGCGACGGUAAAGCUAAAUUCGGUGGGAUGCUGACGCUUACGCAUAAUUACUAAGUUAGAGUUACAGAGAUUGAAAUGAUGGUGAA